CCCUGAAGUAUCAGCAGAGAUUGAGUCAACUGGAUCAUCCACUCUGAGGGCCUCAUCGACACGACAGCCACGACACAGUUCCUCAACAGCCGUGAUGAAUACAAUCCUCAAUUGGAUGGAACUGGAAUAAAUACUUUGAAUGUUGCGAUCCUGUCGGACUUAUGAUAGCUACCUGAAUCGUAACAAAGCACUGUUGGCCAGAGGAGAACUGGCCCCCCGACUAAGCCUGGUUUCUCCCAAGGUUUUUUUCUCCAUUUAAACACCUAUUUGCCACUUGUCUGCCACCUGAUGUCACCUGAUGGAGUUUGGGUUCCUUGCUGCUGUCGCCUUUGGCUUGCUUAGUUGGGGACACUUGACAUUUGACUUGACAUUUGAUAUUCAACAGUGCUUUGAUCUGCCUGCAUUGACACUAUUCUUUUAAGAGCUGCUGUGCAGCCAAAUAAUGUACCAGUUAUCAAUGUAAAGCUGCUUUGACACAAUCUACAUUGUAAAAAGCGCUAUAUAAAUUAAGGUGACUUGACUUGACGUCAUAGGCUGUCACCGGCCAAUAGGAUUGGUGAGAUUUGAUAUGGCUUUCAGACACCGGUUCACGUGAUGACAUUCCCCAUAGCGCGUUCAAACACAGUGUUGAGUUCCCUUUCGAAAGGGAACAGUAAUGGUGUAACAGUGUCGGUAUCAGCAGCUACUCAAGGCUGCGGUAUCGGUAUCGGACUGAAAAAUUGUUACUUAUCCUUUACUGGACAUUUCUAAAGAGGAUGGAGCAAAGGUAUCCACAAGAAUGGUGAAUGAGAACCACUCCACUGACAGUCGAGUUUGUGCAGUAAAAGCCUGUAACACAGCUGAACUCAUACGAUCACAGAACCAUGGCUACUUUCAGAAUAAUGAAGUAGAUGAAGAGUCAGAGGAGGAUGACGACUAUAUUCCAUCCGAAGACUGGAAGAAAGAAAUCAUGGUUGGUUCCAUGUAUCAGGCAGAAACACCGUCUGGACUGUGCAAAUACAAAGACAGUGAGAAAGUGUAUGAAAAUGAUGACCAGCUGCUGUGGAAUCCUGAAAUCCUUCCUGAAAACACUGUGGUUGAGUUUCUUACAGAAGCCUGUCGACGGACGGGAGAGGAGACGGGCGUAGAUGCUAUUCCAGAAGGAUCUCACAUCAAAGAUAAUGAGCAGGCAUUAUAUGAGCUGGUGAAAUGUAAUUUUGAUACCGAUGAAGCUUUAAGAAGAUUAAGAUUUAAUGUUAAAGCAGCCAGAGAUUUGAGAAUCAUAGUGACCAGAUAUUGGCACACAUUGGACAGCAUGAAUAUGAUACUGGGAUCACUAACUGGAAAGGGUUUUUUUUUUUUUUCUUUUUUUUUUCCUCCAGUGCAGAAACACCAAAUGCCAGAGGAACUAUCUAUCUGGACAGAGGAAGAAUGCAGGAAUUUUGAACAAGGAUUAAAGGCUUACGGAAAAGACUUUCAUUUUAUCCAGGCCAACAAGGUCAGAACUCGGUCCGUAGGAGAUUGUGUGGCUUUUUAUUACAUGUGGAAGAAAUCGGAGCGGUAUGAUUUCUUUGCGCAACAAACUAGGCUUGGAAAAAGGAAAUACAACCUUCACCCAGGAGUAACGGAUUACAUGGACAGACUUCUAGAUGAAACAGAAAGCACUGCCUCCAGUCGAGCAGCCACACCUCUUCCUGCCGCCUCCAGCAGCAGCACCAGCCAAUCAGAGAGAGAGGAGAUUAGUGGCCACAAUGGACUCACCAGUCACAGCUCCAGUGCUGUUGCCACACAGAUGUUGAGUAGUGUGAAUGAGAUGAAGAGUGAAUCUGUCCAGUCAAAUGGAGCAUCUAAACACAGUCUACUCGCAGAUCAUCUGGACUCCAUUGGCUGUAAACUUACAGACACCCACAAUUCAGACAGAAAUGGCUCAGUGAAGCAUCAACAUGACUGCCAGAGUCUAGACAGGCCAACAAAAAAGUGCUGGACAGAAUCAGAGUCUCUGGUCCAGGUUGAGAUGGACCCUUCCAGGGUAAAAGAAGACUGAACAAGACCAAAGGUCAGGCCAAAAUCUUAAACUGGGGAGAUGGGACAGCGUUGUGACACCUCUCACCCCAUCCACCCUAAACCCAAAGCUGAGCUGCUCCAAAAACACCACCCUCCAAACCCAACUACAGCUGAUUAAUGCGCCUUUUUCAUGAAACCAUUUUACAGAGAAAUGUAUAUUCUAUAUGUAACGUAAUUUGUCUGAUAUUUUUUUACCAACGAGAUAUUUAUAUUUUUUAUUGAAACAUUUUGACAAUGGGUAAAUAUGCUGUAUAAGCCAUUAUACGUAAUACAUGAGGAUGAAUGCUGGUGUGCGUGGUCUCUUGUGUUUAGGGCGGGGCCAGUAUGGCUCCAGGCAAAUCAAGCCGUGUUUUGGUUUACAUUAUAUACUAAUGGUUCACUGCUCAGCUUGUUUGUGUUAGUGGAGGCGUACUGCCGACAGAUGUAGUAAAAAUAAAUAAGCCAAUGGGAUCACUCCUUCUAAGCUUUGUUUUAGUCAAGUGUCCAGAAAAUUGGUUUGUUAAUUGUAUUUUCUAGUAAGUGAAAUCUGUUUACUUUUCUUUCCUUUUUUCCCUUUUUUUUAAUAGUGUAAGGAAAAUGAAGCCCAUUUUUGGGACCAUAAUUUAGCAUUAUAGUCAUUAGUCAUUCUCAUUCAUUUCUCAUAGAUUACUGUAAUAUAUUAAUGAAAAUUAACACCCAGUCUGGACACAGUGAUUGAUUUAAAACUACAACUGAAAUAAAGAAGUAAAAAAAUAAAUAAAUAAAAAUACUACUGUGAUAUGGAAAUACUUUUAUAUGUACAUAUUUUCGCAUUAAUACAAUAAGAAUAUUGAGGUAAAAUGUGCUUAGUGGCACAAAAACAUUUUAGCUCUAAAAUGAGCUUCAUUUUUAUUAAGCAAAAUACAAUUUAUUUCUUAUGAAAAUUAAAAAUGAUUAGAUGUCAUGCUAUUGACAGUUCCUGUGGGCUUUCCUCAUUGUUUAUGAUGGUAAAAGAGACAUAUGAUGUGUAGGUUUGCAUAGAUUUUUGCACAGGUUGUUUUGAUAUUCACACUGUAAAUCCAUCUUUAGUUUUUCCUUUUUGAGUAUUUUGUACAUGCAAUUCAGAAGCUGUUUGUGAGAACUCAGAUUCUUGCAAUUAAUGAAACUGGAUGAUUAUAAGGUUUGUAGCCAACAAACUAUAAUAUAAUCACCACUAAGCAUACAGUUUUAAAAGCAGGCAGAAAUAAUAGUUAUAGAAUUCAAAGAGGAAGUUAUAAAAUGUCUUUGACCAAAAACAAGUUGUUUUUUUGUUUGUUUGUUUGUUUUUUAAGUUUUUAAUUUAUGUGGGUCAGUUGGAUUUAAUAAGUUGUACUUCCUAGAACCAUGUUUAUUGAAAUAUGUUUAAUAUAAUGAAACAUGGAAAUGAUCUUAUGGCUACAGAUAUGUCCAUAACCACAUUUUAAGAAUAAUAUUUGAAUAUUUUGUUGACAGGAAUUUACUGUAAUACAGCUCCAGUACUCCUUUAUAAACAUCCACUCGGCUUAUAGAAACAAGUUCACUUUUCACCUCGUCCUGCAGAUCAGUAGUGCAUUUACACUUAAGAAAUCAUGGUGCUAUAUUUCCUCUGGUCAUCUUUCCCUUUUUAGUGUCAUUUGUGUUGUUUGUCACCAUUUAAAAGUUCUCUUAACUUCAUGUAUGUGACUGUAGCAUUAAUCUUGUUUUAAAUGGUCUAGGGUGGGAUGUAUGCACUCAUUCUGAUCAGAAUACAUUAAACACAUGUUAAAUAGCAAUGAUUUUGGAAUCCACACUGGUUCAUUGGUGAUGAAGAACAUUGUUUAUUUAAAUUCAUGAAUAGACUUAAGUUGCGAUAUAUCUAAUAAAUGGUAUUAUGAAUUUAAUUAGCAAUGGAAAUACUACAUCAGAAUGUAAUGACGAUUGUAGUAGGGUUACAGAAGGUUUCCUGGUCCCAAUUUAUAUUAAGUGGCCUUAACUACUAUGUACUUGUGUCAAAAAAUAAGUACAAUGGACUUGUGUUCAUUCUGUAUUGCAAAAUACUUUUGCUGCUAUUGAGGUGGGAUACAGGUAAGGUUAGGGACAGGUUUGGUGGUAUGGAUAGGUUUAAGAAUGGGCUAAGGUGUAAGGGAUGGGACAACAGUGUAAUUAUAAAAGUAAUUGCAGGUCUGUACAUUUGUACAUGGUCUGCAACAAUGCUUUAGGUAGGUGGUACGUGUCAAAGUAACAUCCACAUGGAUGGCAGGACCCAAGGUUUCCCAGCAGAACAUUGCCCAAAGCAUCACACUGCCUCCGCCGGCUUGCCUUCUUCCCAUAGUGCAUCCUGGUGCCAUGUGUUACCCAGAUAAGCGACGCACAUGCACCCGGCCAUGCACGUGAUGUAAAAGAUAAUGUUAUGAUUCAGACCAGGCCACCUUUUUCCAUUGCUCCGUGGUCCAGUUCUGAUGCUCACGUGCCCACUGUUGGCGCUUUCAGUGGUGGACAGGGGUCAGCAGGGGCACCCUGACUAGUCUGCUGCUUUGCAGCCCCAUACACAACAAACUGUGUAUUCUGACACCUUUCUAUCAGAACCAGCUCGUCUGUUGGAUCGGACCACACGGGCCAGCCUUCGUUCCCCACUUGCAUCAAUGAGCCUUUGCCGCCCAUGACCCUGUCACCGGUUCACCACUGUUCCUUCCUUGGACCACUUUUGAUAGAUACUGACCACUGCAGAACGGGACCCCACAACACCGCUUGCCUAUUUUUCCUGCUUCUAACACAUCAACUUUGAGGACAAAAUGUUCACUUGCUGCCUAAUAUAUCCCAUCCACUAACACAGGCUUUCUCAACCCUGGUCCUCAAGGGCCACUGUCCUGCAGAGUUUAGCUCCAACCCUAAUCAAACACACCUGAACCAGCUAAUUAAGCUGUUCAGGAUAACUAGAAAGCUACAGUCACGUGAGUUUGAUCAAGGUUGGAGCUAAACUCUGGGCAAAUUCCAAACGGAAGGGAACAUCCCUAUGCUCUACUCCCUUCGAAGGGCAGAGCCCUUGAAGGGGACUUUGGAGGGAGCAGGGCACUUGCGUGCCAUUAUGUAACCAUUUAGAAUCCACUUGGCGAAGGGAGCAAUGAAAGACAAUGUAAUUUCUUCAUUAUCUUCAGCUGGGAUGUUCCCAUGACAAGGCAGCACAGUGUCUGUAAGACUGGAGAAACUGUAAAAUGCAGGGCUGUCUGGUUGAGGAAAGAAUAUUCCUCAAGCAAACAAAGGACGUUUCUGGAAAUUAACAUCUGGAUUCUCUAUUGCAAAAUUAGCAUCCCCACCCGAGAUGCAAUCACACUGAGUAAAUCACCUUUAAUUUACAUUUCUGUCCCUUUACCCCCUUCUUCCCCCAUCUCUUCUCUCCACAAGCUAAAACCAUUUGAAAUUCACCCAAGAAUCUAUAUGGUUUAAUGUGAACAAUUAUCAUACAAAACUAUACAUGUUUUGUAUCAUUUGAAAUGUCUAAGCGCGACUGGCACAAAGGUCUCAUUCCCACAGAAGUAAACCAGAAGGUAAUAAGGUUGUAAGAGUUUAGAAAUAUUUUGCUUUCUGUGGUAGGUGUGACCCCUUUCACAGGGUACUUCAUGCAAAUGGAUUUCUGUCCCCAAAAAGUUGUAAACUACCCAGGUCUGGACUUGAGUAAUGCAAAUUCCCAUUGUUAGCACGUUUCCAUUUGAAAAAGACUUCUAGCUUGGUCUGAGUAUUUAAAGAGAUGUUGCAGGAGGUGAUACGUGAUUCUGUAGCCAGGUCAGCCCUUAAUGCUGUGUGUCCAUCAGACACUUAGCAUUAUGUAUCUUUCUGAUGUCAGGUAUUCAUCUUUUACUCUUUAUUUCUGAGCAUUUGAUGUUUUGUAUUGGUUAUCUUUGAAUUGAUUAUGUAAUUAGCAUGAUACAUUUACCUGACUAAUAAAUUUUUACAUUUGACUUUA